AUGGCCAACCAGAAUCGGGAGGGCCAUUUAAGAAAGCCCCUCACCCUCAAAUUUCCUUGCUGCCCAGCCGCCAAAGUGGAGAGUGUGAUCGCAGAAGGGGGUGCUUCUCGUUUCAGUGCGUCUUCGGGCGGAGGAGGCGGGAGGGGAGCCUCUCAGCACUAUCCCAAGACUGUCGGCAAGAGCGAGUUCCUGGGGAAGUCCCCAGGUUCUGGCAUCCAGAAAUGGAUUCCUUCCCGAAGCACUAGACGAGAUGGCAACUCCAGCAACGAUAAAGAACGGCACGACGCCAUCUUCAGAAAAGUGAGAGGCAUACUAAACAAACUGACCCCAGAGAAGUUUGAUAAACUAUGUCUUGAGCUCCUGAACGUUGGCGUUGACUCCAAACAAGUCCUCAAAGGAAUCAUCUUGCUGAUAGUGGAUAAGGCUUUGGAGGAGUCCAAUUACAGCUCUCUGUACGCUCAGCUCUGUCUCCGAUUGGCUGAAGACGCUCCAAGCUUUGACGGUCCCGCCCCUGACAACCAGCCUCCCCCGAAACAGAGCACCACUUUCAGGAGGCUUCUGAUUGCUAAGCUUCAGGAUGAGUUCGAAAACAGAGCCAAAAAUGUUGAAGUUUACGAGAAGCAGGACACGCCCCUCUCAGCGGAGGAGGAGGAGCAACGUGCCAUCGCUAAGAUCAAAAUGCUCGGCAACAUCAAGUUCAUCUCCGAACUUGGCAAACUGGACCUCAUCCACGAGUCUAUCCUUCAUAAGUGCAUCAAAACACUUCUGGAGAAGAAGAAGAGGGUCCAGCUUGCAGACAUGGGGGAGGACCUGGAGUGCCUGUGCCAGAUCAUGAGAACCGUUGGACCCAGACUGGACCACCAGAAGGCCCGGUCUCUGAUGGACCAGUACUUUGGGCGGAUGCGAAACCUGACGACCAAUCAGGAGCUGCCGUCUCGGAUCCGCUUUCUCCUUCAGGACACUCAGGAGCUGCGGGAGAACGGCUGGAAGCCACGCAAGGCCUUCACCGACAACGGCCCCAAGACAAUCACACAGAUCCGCCAGGACGCAGUCAAGGACCUGGGUGUGUUCAUCCAGGCCAUGGCAUCUGGCGGCGGGCGCUCUGAGUUCUUUCCGGAGGCGGCCUUCCUGGCCGGUCCGGGGCGUGUGGGCAUCCGAGGGGAUGGCAUGGGGGGGCUGGCAGACAUGUUUGGCCAGAUGCCGGGCGGGGGCAUAGGCACGGGCCCCGGGGUGAUUCAGGAGGAGCACUACUCCCCCACGCUUGGGCGUCACCGUAGCAACGGCAUCUUCAACGGCCACGGCCCCUACAACAACAACAACACCCCCGCACACACGCUCGCAGCCUACAUCAACACCCCCCCACACACUCUCCUGGAUAAGGGGGGCAAGACUUUCAGCAAGCCUAGCCAGACUCCGAGCCCGUUGUUCCACAGUCAGCCCCAGCAGGCUGCCCUCAAUAAGGACCUGGCCCCGCGCUUCUCCAAGGGCUCACUCAGUGCUGACGAGGUCAGUCUACGUCCAGCCCAGUCUUUCCUGCUCAAUAAGAAUCAGCCCAAACUGCAGCCACAGACUCCCAACAUGAUCCCCCCUAGUGCUCACCCUCCACGCACACACACCCCGCCUCUGGGACAGACCCCUCAGUUGGGUCUGAAGAGCAGCCCUCCUCUGAUCCAUGAGAAGCCUCAGAAGAUCACCAAGAAGCCUCCACCUUCUAAAGAGGAGCUGCUUAAGAUGACCGAGGCUCUGGUGCGUGCGUACCUGAACGGUGGGAGUGUGUCUGAGGCGGUGUCUGCGCUGAGGGAGAUGCGUGCUCCACGCUCCUGUCUGUGGGAGCUGCUGGCCAAGAUGAUGCUGGUGUCUCUGGAGGGCUCGGACGCAGACCGGGAGAGUGUCAGCACCCUCGUACACACCCUCCACACCGAGGGCAUCAUCACCGCAGAACACUUCAUGCAGGCGUUCCUGAGUGUGCUGGGUCAGUCAGCGGCGCUGGAGGGGUCGGUGCCGCUGCUCUCGUCCUUCCUGGCCCAGUUUGCGGCGCGGGCCGUGCUGGCCCAGCUGCUGGGGGUGUGUGAGCUGGCGGCGCCGCUGGAGAACGGCACACACUUCCCCCUCUUCUUGCUCUGCCUGCAGCAGGCCGCUCGCCUCCAGGACCAGGACUGGCUAACACUCACCUUCCAGCAGAGCAGGGUCAACAUGCUCAAGAUGCUGCCAGAGAUGGACCAGUCUAAGGAGCGCAUGUUGGAGCUGCUGGAGGAGAAGGGUUUGGGCUUCUUGUUCCCGCUGCUGCGUCUGGAGAAAGAACUGCUCCGCCGCGUCAGGGAGGACCCCUCCGCCACACACAUCUACCGCUGGAUCAAGGACAACGUCUCCGCCAAACUCCACACAGACAACGACUUCAUCAACAUCCUCAUCACCAGUCUGCUGCAGUACAUGGCCGAGGAGCUGAACGGCGCGGGGGAGGUGGAGUGGGAUGACUCCUCUCUGGCGCCCCCUAGGGAGCUUCAGGAUCAGGAGAAGCAGCUGCUCCUCUCCUUCAAGCCCGUCAUGCAGAAGUUCCUCCACGAUCACACAAACCUGCAGGUCAGCGCCCUCUACGCCCUACAGGUGCACUGCCACACCGCGGGCUUCCCCAAAGGCAUGCUGCUGCGGUACUUUGUGAACCUGUAUGAUAUGGAGAUCAUCGAGGAGGAGGCCUUCCUGGCCUGGAAGGAGGAUCUGUCUCAGGAGUUCCCAGGGAAGGGCAAGGCUCUCUUCCAGGUGAACCAGUGGCUUACUUGGCUAGAGACUGCAGAGGAAGAGGAGUCUGAGGAUGAUGAAGAGUAACUCACACACACACACACACGCACACACUACAUGUCCUGUGAGGCCAGCAGAUUUUAUCCCCAUCCUUUCUGCCAGUAUGCUGCUCUACCUCGUGUGUGUGUGUGGCGUGUGUGUGUGUGUGCGCGCACACACGCAUAUGUGGCACGUAGUGUUUUGCCGACUCUCUCGUGGAAUCUGGUUAGUGUUGGGUUUUUAAAUGGCUCUGCCACUCCCAAGAGGAGGAUGGAUUGAUCGUACUGAUUGAUUUUUAACAGAUGAAUUGAACAUGUCUGAAUGAUCUGAAGGCUUUUUGUUUUUGUUUUCCUUUUUUUUACGUUGGCUUGAGGCUCCGCCCUCAAUGUUUUUUAAGAAAUGAUCCGGAAUCCUAAUGAUGUCGCUCCGGCGCCAUAUUUAUACUUGACCAUCAUGAACCGGCAGAGCGCCAUACACCCUGGGGCGGUUCUAGACUGUUCCGGGGCGGUUCUAGACUGUUCCGAGGCGGUUCUAGACUGUUCCGAGGCGGUUCUAGACUGUUCCGGGGCAGUUCUGUGUUGCUGUUCUGAUCAUGUGUUACUGUAUGCUCCUGUUGCCACUGCUGCUUCUCUUUCAAUAAACCUCAAUACAGUCACA